AUGUCAGUUGCGGCUGCACUUCCAAAAAGAAAGCGUCUUUCUGAAGGCCUCACCGUUACUCAAAAGGUUUUUGUUAGAUCCCGUAAUGGGAGGGCAUCCAAAAUCGUUAGGGAACACUAUCUGAGAAAAGAUAUCCCUUGUUUAUCUAGGGCUUGUGAUAAAUGUCCCGAGAUUGUGGUACCAGAUGCUAAAAGUGAGCUGCCGUCAUUCGUUCUAUCCGAAUCACCAUUAGAGUUACCAUCAAUCGGUAAGCACUAUGUGGUUCUGGAUACCAACGUCAUUUUACAAGCUAUUGACCUGUUAGAAAAUCCAGAUUGUUUUUCAGAUGUUAUUGUUCCACAGAUUGUCCUCGAAGAAGUUAGAAAUAAGUCUUAUCCAGUUUACACGAGACUUAGAAGUCUUACAAAGAACAGUGACGACAAGAAAAGAUUUAUCGUAUUCCAUAACGAGUUCAAUGAGUUUACAUUUAUCGAUAGAUUACCUGAAGAAUCCAUUAAUGAUAGAAACGACAGAGCCAUAAGAAAGGCUUGUCAAUGGUACGGUGAACAUUUAGAACCUUAUGGAAUUAAAAUCGUUUUAGUGACUAAUGAUCGUCUCAAUAGGGAUGCCGCUGAUAAAUCUAAGGAUUCUUUCAUUAGCAUGAGUCUUUUUGAUUACGUGCAAGCGUUACCUAAUGGUGAUGAGAUUAAGGAUUCCAUACCUAAUUUCGAGGUUUCUUCAGAAAAUACUAAAGAUACUGAAGCUAAAUCAGAAUUUACUUACCCCGAAUAUUACUCCACAUCCAGAAUAAUGGGUGGGUUGAAGAAUGGUGCACUGUUCCAAGGUAACAUUCAAAUCUCUGAAUACAACUUUUUGGAAGGUUCCAUUAAUCUACCUAAUUUCUCGAAACCCGUACUGAUCGUGGGACCAAAGAAUUUAAACAGGGCCUUUAAUGGUGAUCAAGUUGUUGUAGAGCUGUUACCACAAUCUGAAUGGAAGGCACCAUCUUCCAUCGCUCUUGAUUCAGAACAUUUUGAUGUUAACGACAAUGCUGAUAUUGAUGGUGAUGAUGAUAAUUCACAAGUUGUCCUUUCCGACAAGCAGCGUAAAUUAUUGACUCAAGAUGCCAUUUUGGCUCAAAAAUCCAAUAAAGUUCAACCUACUGCUAGAGUCGUUUCCAUUACAAGAAGAUCCUGGAGACAGUACGUGGGUCAAAUUGCCCCCAACUCUGUGGACGCUCAAAAUGGUGGGACCCAGAACGUGUUUGUCAUUUUGAUGGAUAAAUGUUUGCCCAAGAUCAGAAUUCGUACUAGACGUGCCCAUGAAUUGCUUAGCCAGAGAAUUGUCAUUUCGGUGGAUUCGUGGCCAGAAACUCACAAGUAUCCCCUUGGUCAUUUUGUGAGAAAUCUUGGUGAGGUAGAAUCCGUGCAAGCAGAAACAGAAGCUCUACUUUUGGAACACGAUGUAGAGUACAGACCAUUUUCCAAGAAAGUAUUGGAAUGUUUGCCUCCAGAAGGUCACGAUUGGAAAGCUCCAGAAACUUUGGAUGAUGCAAGUGCUGUCUCCAAGGAUCCAUUGCUACCCAAGAGACGUGAUCUAAGAGACAAAUUAAUCUGCAGUAUCGAUCCUCCUGGAUGUGUUGAUAUCGAUGAUGCUCUCCAUGCUAAAAAACUUCCAAACGGUAACUGGGAAGUUGGUGUACACAUUGCAGAUGUUACUCAUUUCGUGAAGCCAAAUACUGCCCUCGAUGGAGAAGGUGCUUCCAGAGGUACAUCUGUUUACCUGGUGGAUAAGCGUAUUGAUAUGCUUCCAAUGUUAUUGGGUACUGAUUUGUGUUCUUUGAAACCUUACGUAGAUAGAUUUGCAUUCUCCGUGCUUUGGGAACUGAACGAAAAUGCUGACAUUGUCAAUGUGGAUUUUGCAAAAUCCGUUAUCAAAUCGAGAGAAGCUUUCUCUUACGAGCAAGCACAAUUAAGAAUCGAUGAUCCAAAUCAACAGGACGAAUUGACUCAUGGUAUGAGAGCUUUACUGAAACUAUCGAUUAAGUUGAAGGAAAAAAGAAUAAAUGCUGGUGCGUUGAAUUUAGCAUCACCAGAAGUCAAGGUUCACAUGGAUAGUGAGACUUCCGACCCUAAUGAAGUUGAAAUUAAAAAACUUUUAGCAACCAACUCUCUUGUGGAAGAAUUUAUGUUGUUAGCUAACAUCUCUGUGGCUAGAAAGAUUUAUGAUUCAUUCCCUCAGACUGCCAUGCUAAGAAGACACGCCUCUCCACCAUCGACUAACUUCGAACUCUUGAAUGAAAUGCUACAGACCAGAAAGGGAAUGUCUAUUUCCCUCGAGUCUUCCAAGGCUUUAGCUGAUUCCUUGGAUCGCUGUAUUGAUCCAAAAGAUCCUUACUUCAAUACGCUGGUCCGUAUUAUGUCUACACGUUGUAUGAUGGCGGCUCAGUAUUUCUAUUCUGGUGCUUACUCAUAUUCUGACUUCCGUCAUUAUGGUCUAGCCGUAGACAUUUACACACAUUUCACUUCCCCUAUCAGACGUUAUUGUGAUGUUGUAGCACACAGACAGCUUGCUGGUGCAAUAGGGUAUGAACCAUUAGAUUUAUCACACAGAGAUAAAAAUAGGAUGGACAUGAUCUGCAAGAACAUUAACAAAAAGCAUAGAAAUGCCCAAUUCGCUGGUAGGGCCAGUAUUGAGUACUAUGUAGGUCAAGUUAUGAGAAAUAACGAAUCUGUUGAAACCGGAUACGUUAUCAAGGUUCUCAAUAAUGGUAUUGUGGUGCUUGUUCCUAAGUUUGGUGUUGAAGGUCUGAUAAGAUUAGAGAAUUUGACGAAGGACACUGGUUCUGCCUCAUUUGAUGAAGUAGAAUUUAAGUUAUCCUUCACACAAGCAACCACGGGCAAACGCAGAGAUGUUCAUGUGUUUGAAAAGGUGGACGUUCAAGUGAGAUCAGUGUUAGAUCAAGUUACCAGCAAACGUAAAGCAGAAUUAUUGUUGAUAUAA